ACCCCGGGCCCUCGGGCAGUGCUGGAAUGGUCAGUCCGCCCCUGCAUAUUACACCAAAUAUACUACAGCAUAGGUAUUUCCUCCACUGUCAAUUUUAACCAACAAACUAAAAUAUACACAUAUAUAAGGUACAGUGAGCACCACAUAAGUCAUAUAUGGCAGCUGAUGUUCAGAAAUACAUACUAGAACUGAGCAUCCAUAAUGGAAUAUUCUUUAAGCGUUUCAAUACCGGGCAAUUUUCCCCCUUCCUGCCCAGGCCAUUUUUCAGGUUUCAGCGCUCUCACACUUUGAAUGACAAUUGCGCGGUC